AUGACAACCUCUCAGACGCUCCGAUUCGCGAGCACGACCAUCACCAGCCUCAUCGGCACUUCCACCAGCAGCUCCGGCGACCCAGACGACGACAUCCCGGACCCGUUGACGAAUCCGGCGACUUCGAGGAUCGUCAAGGUCACCAUCGCGUGCGCUAUCGUCGAAGCUGAACGGCUACAUCGCUCGUCUUCACAGAUCGCCGGUCUCUACCGAUCACACCGCGAGACCCGCCGACGACGUGCUAUCCAAACGACCCUCGCCACCGGGGGCCAAGUGCCAGGAUGGAUGACUCAAGAGACUAAGAAGAAAUGGGGCGGGAGAAAGGUCAAGAAUGCGCACAAGCAGGUCGAAUGGGAGGGGAUCGCCGCAUGA